GGCGCGUGGGCUCGGGCGCGGCCCUGGCGCACCUGACCCUGCGCACCUGAGCGCACGUGUGGGUGGGCGCGGGGGCGGCAGCUGAGCUGCCUACUGCGCCCUCUGGGCCCCGCUCGCGCCCACGUCCGUCUGGGUCUCUGUCCCGGCUGAGAGGCCCAGGACCUGGACGGACCGGAGCAGAGGGAGGAGGCACCGUGGGUCCGCCGUGCACUGCGGGAUCCCCCCGCCUGGCGCCCCGCCCGGCCGCCCUGGGUCCGGGGCCUGAGCUGACCGAGCUCACCCGGAGCGGCAGCCCGCGCCCGACUGCCCACCGGGGUCUCUGCCUGCCAGACCUCCGGCCACCGUGCAGGGGUCUGAGGCCAGGCCCCUGACUUCCCCCAGGCCUCUCCCGGAACCUCGAUUUGGUGGCUGUGGCCGAGCUCCCUGGACGUGGCCCGCGUGGAUGGUCGUGGCAGGAAGGACAUCAGUGUCCCUCAGAGUGCAGCUGUGGUGGUGGUGGCAGCAUGAGCACCUCCCAGCCCGCCGUGUCAGAGGGAGGCCCAGCCCAGGGCAUGGGAGGCCCUGCAGGGAAGGCUGCAGCGGGUGCCUGGGAGAAGGGCCCUGGGCUGGGCCCCCGGCUGCCCUCCAUCGUGGUGGAGCCCAGCGAGGUGGGUGCUGUGGAAAGCGGGGAGCUGUGCUGGCCCCCAGAGGGCACCCGGAGGGGAGCUCCUCAGAGCCAGCCUGAGCCAGCCCCCUCCACGAGUCUGCCAGGAGCACCAGCGGAUGACACUGGUAGAGAGUGUGCCAGCUGCGGGGACCGGGCACCCCUGGCCCAGUGACAGUUGAGGACAGGGCAUGGCUCUGCUGAUUGCUUGGGGUUCCUCAGGGCCAGGGUGGCCAAACUGGGGCACAGAGGGUGGGGCCUGCCCGGACACGGGGCAGCAAAGCCUCCUGCCUCCCCAGGGUAGCCAGGACCUCGGCCCCUGCCAUUUUCCACAUGGCCCAGGCUGGGCACACACCCUCCUUGUUCAGUGGUUUAAAGCAGAAAUAAAGGCGCUUCCUGGUGGCCAGUGGGCACACUCGGUGGGGACUGAGGGACUGAGCAGUUUGGGUUCCACAGAGCCAGGCGGGUGGCUGUGUGGCUGUUUGGCAGGAAGGGUGGACAGGGUGGACAAGGAAGACGGCAAGGCCAUACCAUUCCUGCCCUGUCCUUGCUAGAGACCUUCCUACUCUGCCUCAGGGUGGGCCCCUGGGACAGGACUAGCCACUUCUAGGUGGCCUCCCUACCCCUCCUUGGGAGCCACUAAGCUAACCACAGAACCCACGUGGGACACUGUCCCAUCAAGGGCCUUGUUCCUCCAAGGGACCCAUCAACAAGGUCCCUUGGCUCUGUCCUGUAGCAGGAGGGAUCAGCUUGGGGACAGGAAGCUGAUCACUGUCCAGAGCCCCUCUCUCCCAGCCUGAGCUGAGCCUGAGGACCCUGUGCUCUGUACAUGUGAGCUCAGCCCAGAGCUCAGGCCCAGACUGGAGGGGACUCCAGGCACCCCACUGGCCCCAGGGCACCCCGGUGGCCCCAGGAUGGAUAAAGCCCUCUCUCCACCCCCCAAAUGCCAGAGCAAUGGGAGUGAUGUGUGGAAGGCCUCCUGGGAGCCGCUUUAAUUUUAAACCCUGGGCCAAGUUGUUGUGUGGCCCAGGAUGUCCCUUGGGCCCUCCCUGGGCAAGUCCCAGUUUAGGAGAGAUGUCGGGCUCCUGGCCUCCUUCCUGUGGGGAGGGAUCCAGGGAGGGGAGGUUAACCGGGGCUUCGGUGCGGGGGGGCCAGGGUACGGACAGACCCCCCCCAGGAAGUGCUGCCUGAACGAACAACGAACGGAGUGCGGGGCCUGUGAGCAGAAUGCAGGGUGAUGAGACAGAUUUCUACCCGGAAACACGACGCAGCUGUGCUGGGACAGAACUCCAGGUCGCCCAAAACCCGGCUCAGACAGGCCCCACGCUAUACCCUUGCUGGGCUCACCAUCUGCCAGGGGUUCCACGUGGAGAGGACCAGGCCUUGAACCUAGAACCUGAAGGGUCUGAGCGCGCAAGACUGGAGCAGCCGAUUCGGGGCUGGGAUGCCCCGCCCCUCGCGGGCCCGGCCUGGCAGCGAACGCCCCAGAAUUGGCCUGCGGCUGCCCCUGGCGGUGGCUGGGGUCACUGCGGAGGGGAAAUCGCGGCCCCGAGGUGAAGGGGCCCCCGCGGGCGCUCGGGAGUGGGCGCCGCCCCCCUAUGCCCCAGCCCGGAGGGCACAGGGGGCUCGGGCCGCCAUUCUGCACCGCGGACCGGCUGCAGUGCGGUGGGAUGCCCACCUCCGCCGACCGUCUGCUUCCAGGUGUCAUCCACAAGCGCCGAGGACCGCAGGCACCUGGGCGGCUUCUCGCUGCACUUUCCUACCUGGGAGCAGGUGCAGUGCUCAGCGACAUGAACCCACUUAAUCCCAACGACACCCCUAUUUUACAGAGGGGUAAACUGAGGCCCGGGCAGCGCUGUCUCUCUCAGUGGUCCCUGCUCUCCCUUUUGACCCCAGGUCGGCCUGUGCCUGGCUCCCGAGCGGAGGCCUGGAGUUUUUCACAGGGAUUUUACUGAGAAAGUUGGGGGGAAAUAGAAUAAAAGAAGCAUGGCUUGAGCAGACUUGGGGUGCUUCCGGGAGUUUGGGGGCGCUCAGGGAGCAGCCCACCCCCACCCCGGGCACCUCAGGCUGCUCAGACAUGACUUGGAUGGAGGAGACCUGACAGGAGGUCCCAGGGCCCGGAGGUAGCUGGGUGCCCCGGGGAGGUCACUGGAAAGUCCCCUCUAGUUGUGACUGCCUGUAUCCCGGUCACAGCUGUUGGAGACACAAGGGAUGGGAGGCCAGUGGGGUGGCUGGAGGAGCUGGCGGAGAGGCCUGGCCAGGGUCGCACACACACACACACACACACACUCAGGGAGCCCACAGAGGGGCUGGCCCCUCAGGUGGGCAGCUGAGGGCUGCCUGGAGAGGUGCCGGGCUCCCUGAGUCUGAUGGCCUGGGGCCCACAGUGUCUGGAUAUCUUCCAGUCUACAGGGGCUGAAUGCUGCUGGCCCCCAUCCUUGUGCCCACGUCUGAACCCCAGACCUCAGGAGCUAGGGUCUUUAAGGGAUCCUAAGUUAAAAUGAGGCUGUCAGGGUCGACCUUCCCCGGGACAGAGGUGGAGCUGGGCGUAAGGACACCCACGCCCGCCAAGGAGGUGGCCGCCCUCGGGUGGAGGAGAGGCGCCAGAGUCCCGGCCCCGGAUGCAGCGUCCAGCUCAGGGCCUUGAGCUGAAGACGCAGUCCAGCUCCUCCCUGCUGUGCUCAGCUGGCUCUCCUGGGCGGACAGGCCUGGAUCUGCCCCUGCAGAUUUUCCCGGGUUCCUUUCCAGACGCUCACAGUGGAAUGCCCCCAGGAAGGCUGGGGCUGCUCGAAUCUGACCUGCUGCCCGCAUUCCCAGCUUGGCGGACUCAGGCUUGGCCCUCUACGGCUGAAGUCACUCCUGAGUCACCGUGUGUCCCCUCUUCCGGCUCAGGAGCAGUGUGUGGCUCCCAGCUGCACCCAGGCUAUCCCUGGGAUCGCCCUUCACCUAGGACCUGCGUCUCAGUGGGCGCAGGGGCUUUGGGGUGAGCUUGGUGGACAGGCGAGUCCAUGCCCUUCCCUGGAGAGAGACCCUCUGCCCUGACCGCAGAAGGGGCUGGUAGACCUGUCACCCCACUGCCAGUCCUCAGAGCUGUCCUCCAUCCCUCUGAACCCUGGCCCAUGACCCUGUGCUGUGCUGCCCGGAUCAAAGUUUGGCUGGGUCCAGGCUGGGGGAGGG